AUGGGACACGGCGUGUGCGGCCGAGCGGCCCAACAGCUUCGCAUAAGUCUCAAACAGACAGUCGUCGUUACCACUCUUCACAGCCACCUACCCAAAGGAUACCCAACUUUGCAUUCGCUUUUGAGUGAGUUCGAUGAUCGGCCCAGUGAGCUCAGCUCACAGACACUCAGCAUCGACGGCGUGCUCCUUCGCUCCUCCGAUCCGAUCCCCGGUGCUCCCGAAGCAAUAUCCUACCUCCAAACAAACGGGAUACCCUCCAUCUUUCUCACGAACGGUGGUGGUAAGACUGAGCUCAAACGCGCCAAAGACCUUAAUAUCAAGCUCUCGCUUCCAGAAAAAUACCACAUCCAAGAGUCUCAAUUGGUACAGUCACAUACUCCUCUUCGUGAACUGGCUACGACCCAUGGUGACCCGUCAUACAAGAAGAAAUGUGUACUCGUGGUAGGAGGCGACGAUGAUAAGUGCCGCCGAGUUGCGGAGUCAUACGGCUUUGAGAACGUGGUUACUCCAGGGGAUAUCUUAACAGCAUAUCCAGACGUCUGGCCAUUCAGCUCUAAUUUCAACUCGUACUACUCCUCCUUCGCACAACCACUUCCCAAACCAGUCAACAUUGAAUCCGCGGACGCAGAAAACGAGAGUCUAAAGAUCGACGUUAUCUUUGUCUUCAAUGACCCACGAGACUGGGGCCUGGACGUCCAACUCGUGCUUGAUAUAAUGUUAUCUCACAAAGGUAUAGUAGGUACCUAUUCCCCGAAGAAUGGAAAGAAGGACCUGCCGAACCACGGCUACCAAGCUGAUGGCCAGCCAGUCAUCUACUUUAGCAACCCCGACUUACUCUGGGCCUCAGCCUACCCACUCUCUCGCUUGGGUCAAGGCGGCUAUCGCGAGGCACUGUGCGGCGUCUGGCGCGCAAUCACCAAGUCAGCAAGUGGAACAGAGAUCCCACUCAAGUACGAAAUUCUGGGGAAGCCACACAAAUUGACUUACGAAUAUGCUGAGAAACAGCUGAUAAGGUUCCGUGAGGGCGCCUAUGGCAAGGAUAUCGGCCAGGAAGUCCCUUUGAACAAAGUAUACAUGAUUGGUGAUAACCCUGAAAGCGACAUAAUGGGAGCGAAUAACUAUGAGAGUCAGGUGGGAGCACAGUGGAUGAGUCUUUUGACCAGGACAGGUGUGUUUCGAGCAAGGCCGGGUGAGGAGCCUUCUAUAAAGCCAACAAGUAUUGUUGAUGACGUGCGAGAAGGAGUGAGAUGGGCGUUUAAAGAUAGUGGAUGGGACGGCAAAAUCGACUGA